CGCUAGUGGGAGCGGGCGGCCGGUGAGCGGCUAGGCGCCUGCGCGGUGUCCGGGCCCCUGAGCCCGCGGCGCUGAGACAGCCGGGACGGACAUGCGCGGGAGGGCGCCGUGGGGCAGCCGCGGCUUCGCUGGGGGAAUGAAAGCCACUGGCUGACCACACAUCCCUCCCUGGGCUUCACGAAUUUGAAGACUUCCCAGAACAAAGCACAAUGUCCAUGGCCGGAGUCGCUGCUCAGGAGAUCAGAGUCCCGUUAAAAACUGGGUUUCUGCACGAUGGCCAAGCCCUGGGGAGCCUGAAGGCCUGCUGGGGGGGCCGCGGCGAGUUUGAGAACGGCUUUUUGAACAUCGACCCAAUAACCAUGGCCUACAGUCUGAACUCGACCGCGGAGCACCUAACAUCCAUAGGGCGCGCUUCCAGGUCUGCUCCGAUGAACGGCAGCCACUUCCCGGAGCACGGCCCCUCUGCCAAGUCCCGCCUGCCCCCUCUCGUCAUCCCCUCGAGUGAAGGCUGGCGGCAGCAGGAGGAGGACCGGGUGGCGUGUGGGUUGAAGAAGCUGGCAGUGAACGGGGUCUGUGCCUCCACGCCCCCGCUCACCCCCAUCAAGACGCCUCCGGCCCUCUUCCCCGGCGUGGCUCCCUGCGAGCGGGGCUCCAGGCCCCUGCCGCCGCUGCCCAUCUCCGAGGACCUCUCCCUGGACGAGACGGACUGCGAGGUCGAGUUCCUGACCAGCUCGGACACGGCCUUCCUUCUAGAAGACUGCGCGCUCUCCGACUUCAGACCCGACGGCCCCGGCAGGCGCAGCUUCCGAGGGUGCGGUCAGAUCAACUACGCGUAUCUCGACCCCCCGGCCGCCUCAGCCGCGGAUCUCAGCCAGGCGCGCGACCAGGCUGCCGGGGCGCCGAGGGCCAGCCCCGCUCCGUCCCAGGCCCACCGGAGACUAAGGAGGUCUCACUCAGGCCCCGCAGGGUCCUUUAACAAGCCGGCCGUCAGGAUCUCCAGCUACGUGCACAGGGCUUCUCCCAACUCCGACGACGACAAGCCCGAGGUGCCUCCCCGGGUCCCCAUCCCUCCCCGGCCGGCCAAGCCGGACUACAGAAGGUGGUCGGCCGAAGUCACCUCCAGCACCUACAGCGACGAGGACAGGCCCCCCAAAGUCCCGCCGAGAGAACCCUUGUCCCGGAGUAACUCCCGCACCCCGAGCCCCAAAAGUCUCCCGUCUUACCUCAAUGGGGUCAUGCCCCCCACGCAGAGCUUUGCCCCCGACCCCAAGUACGUGAGCAGCAAAGCCCUGCAGAGACAAUACAGCGAGGGGGCCGCCGGUAAGGUCCCCUGCAUCCUGCCCAUCAUUGAAAACGGGAAGAAAGUGAGCUCGACGCAUUAUUACCUGCUCCCUGAGAGGCCGCCCUACCUGGACAAAUACGAAAAGUUUUUUAGGGAAGCAGAAGAGACACACGCGAGCACCCCCAUCCAGCCCCUCCCUGCCGACGGUGGUGUCUUUUCGGCCCCAGAAAAGCUGGACUCGAAACCAAGAGUGGAUCUGGCAGGCCACGCGAAGCGCAGACAUUUCUCCUACGUGGUUUCCCCUUAGACCCUGGGUCCUGGCUCAGCAGAGGUGCCGCAUUAGCCAUCGGUUCUCCUGCAGUUCCCCAGCCUGAUGGCGGUGCACAGGAAGACGGUGCAGGUCGCAGGGUCGGAGGGUCAAACUGUCUGUCUUAAAGAGAAGGGUUUAGAGGGUCAUGAGGUGCUGCCAUGCUGAGCAUCCCUGACCGUGUUAGCGGCAGAGAAACGUCUGCUCAAGUCUGUGAUUUAAAGAUGUGAUGCGGGAAGGAAGGAUGGGGACAUUUCUGUACGUGCGCACGUUAUGCACCCGUACCUACACUUGUGGUAAAAUCGUAGAUCCUAGUUGCAAGUUAACCAAGUAGUUGCUAUCUUAGAGUAAUAUAUAUAUAGAAUGAUAAAAACUAAAGCUGGAGGAUGGCUCCUGAUAGACUGAAAAUUGAGCAAAUGGAAGAGAAUACAGAAUACAGUAUUGUUUAGAUCAAAAUCAUUAAAAAAAAAAAAAACCCAACUAUUUCUGCUUACUAAGUUUGAGGAUUUCUGGCUCUGAGGCCUGUUCCGUUGUCUCAUUCAUUUUUGCAAGCAGUUUUUCCGUGGAGGGCAGGCCAUCCGUUCUUUCCGUGACUUAACCUGCCUCCUUCAAGUCGUCCCAAGACCUAAAUCCUUUAGGUCUUGCUUUCUGGUCUGUUGCGGGGAGGGCUGGCCACAUAUUUGGUACCGUAUUCUCACGCGUCCGUGUCUCACAUCUUGAAAAAUGGGAAGGUAACAGAAUUCGUCAAUCAUUUUUCCUUACCAUUCCUGCUGUAUUCUACCCCCCGCCCCCACCCCAGAAACACAGGGCGCUCGGGGGAAAGCAAA